AUAACGGACCAGCAGGAGCACCGGCAGCCCUUCUUCUCUGCUGACUCAGUGCCUUAGCAAGCAGCAGUCCUCUCAUCUUUGGAAAAGAGCAUCCAGCGCAUCGGCUCUCCUCCUCUCAGCACAGCAGAAAUGGCCAAGACUGCAAUUGCCUACAAGGAAAAGAUGAAGGAGAUUUCCGUCUUCUCGCUCAUCUGCUCCUGUCUGUACCCUGACAUGCGCAAGAACACCCUGGGUGACUUUGAAGACUUGGACAUCAAGCCCAUCAACAAGCGGGCCUCAGGGCAGGCUUUCGAGGUCAUCCUCAAGCCGUCCUCACCAGUGUCCGACGCGACCCACUGCGUCACCAAUCCACCCAAAAGGGACAUUUCCCUGGAGGAAAUCCAGAAGAAGCUGGAGGCAGCCGAGGACCGCAGGAGAUCCCAGGAGGCGCAGGUGCUCCGCAGCCUGGCCGAGAAGCGCGAGCACGAGCGCGACGUGCUAAUGAAGGCCAUGGAGGAGAACAGCAACUUCAGCCGCAUGGCCGAGGAGAAGCUCCAGAUGAAGAUGGAGCAGAUCGAGGAGAACCGGCAGGCCUACCUGAGCGCUCUCAUGGAGCGCCUCCAGGAGAGGGAGAAGCACGCUCAGGAGGUGCGCAGGAACAAGGAAUUGAAAGAGGAGGUGACAGCGUGAGGAGCCCACCAUCAGCAUCACCGCCUCCAUCAUUAUUAUUAUCACUCCACCCCGCCCGAGGUUCUUAGCGGUCACCUCCAACCCCGCCCGUUUCUCCCCCCCUUUGCCAUACUGCCCCCUCUCAUGUUACUGCUCUGAAAGCACCACACAGCAUCAUGGCGGGGGGUGUUUGGGGGUGGAUUUUGAAAACUGCAAAAGAAUCAGUACAGAGGAAAAAAUUAUCAAAUCUCACACGUUAAUCUUCCCAAGCAGAAUGAAUCAGAACGGUUUUGUAAAUACUUCUUUUUUUGUUACGAGACAAGCAGCAAAAGUAUUGAUUGUGUGACAUUUUGUUCUGGACACCACUCUCCUUGCAUUUAAAUGGAUGUGAUUGCAUUCUUUUACGUUGUUUUUGUGGUGCAGUAGCAGGCUUAGGUGUUUGUUGUGAGUUUGCCAGCUAGCUCAUGUUUGCUGUGACUGUUUGCAAGGCCCUACAUCAACCUUUUUGUCCCUUUGCACAUUCGUUCCCUUGCAAAUCAUCAUCAUUGCCAGCCUGAACACUAAAAUCGAUUUUUCUUUUCUCUCCAGCCAAAUAGUGUUCAAGCUUGUGAGUGUCUGGUGGGCAAGAUAGCAUUUAAACAUCCCCUUUUGGCAUCACUAGCACCCUAAUAGAAGCCAGCUCCAGGUCAUGUGUUAACACAGGUACGGACAAACAGAACUUACCAAAUGAACCAUUCAGGGUAGUCAGCGGUGAUUUAGCCAACGCGUCACCGGUUUUGCAUGUUAGCCAUCAGCAUGUCAUCCCCCUGGCUAUAAUGAAGCAUCUUUUCAACACAGUAAUUUGCACUCGGUUGCUUCCUAGUGUACUUUAGCGAGCUACGUUGUCAACUUCAGUCAUUAAAGUAAUCCGCGCUUGUACACUCGCUGCUUCCACUUCUUCCUGUUUACAUUCUCCCGCCGAACAAUUGGAGAGGCGAGUGUUGUCACGUGGCUUCUAGUGACGCAUUCAAGUACGUUCGUGUACAGGCGCAAAACGCGCAGCAAUUUACAAACAAAUCGACUAAUUCUGAGCUGAGCAACUUUAAGUAAUUUAUCAAUGGUUUCCCUCGAUGCUCGCCGUAAGAUUGGCAGGCUUUUCAGCCAAUCGUAGCACAUUUUUUGGCGCUGCAUGCAAAAUGAAUUGGGUUAUGGCAUAAAGCUAGGCCUCAUCCCUUUGUACAGUCACGCAUAGCACACAAAAAUAAAAUGGCUGAGAAAACACAUAGUAACUCAUUUUUCACAGGGAUUACAGCACACUUGGAGGUCGAUAUCUAUCAAGGGGGCUUGCAAGAACCAAGGGGGGUGUUGAAACCGGAGGUUGGACCCCAAUGGUUAGCGACACGUUGUUGCACAGUAGUGUGUAGAACAGUACGCAGUUUAGGAAAAAGGCUGCAGAUGUGUGUGCCGUGUGAUGACGAUAUUAAUGCACUGACAUUUGACCAGUUUGUCCCAGAUGACCCCAAACCAACCCUUUCUCUCUCUUUCUCUAUUCAUUCGUGUGUUAACCCUCUCUCCACAUACUGUAUAUCUUUGUGAGCAAGCAGUGGUUAAUAAAGAUUUGGGGUUCAAUUACAAA